AUGGCCGAGACCUUUUACCCCAAGGACUCCGAAGAGCAAGACUCCGAGGAGCACCGACGGGUGAGGGCCCUGGCGGAGCUCACGGAUAGCGAGACUUCCUCGGACCAGGGGGACCCCCCUUUCACUCAUUUAGAGUUAAAGCUGGCGAGUCGUUCUUUCGACCCGAAGAAAGCCCCUGGAGCGGACGGCUUCACCGCCGACAUAUGCCUGCAUGCGAUAAACCUCAACCCGGACCUCUUCUUGUGCCUUUUCAACCGACAUAAACUAGACAGCAAGAAGAUUGUCGUUCUGAUAUCACUGGAUAUAGAGGGCGCAUUUGAUAACGCUUGGUGGCCCAAAAUAAAGGUCAGGCUGGCGGAGGAAAAAUGCCCCAUAAACAUCCGACGGCUUUUGAGUAGCUAUCUAAAUGACAGGAGCGUCAAAGUCAGGUACUGUGGGGAGGAGUACGCAAUAGCUACCGAGAAGGGUUGCGUGCAGGGAUCUAUUGGCGGACCAAUAUUAUGGAACUUACUUUUAGACCCACUGCUCCGGGACUUGGAAACUAGUGGCGCGUACGUGCAGGCAUUCGCUGACGAUGUGGUGUUGGUGUUCGAGGGCGACACGGCCCUCGAAAUCGAACGGCAGGCAAACGCCGCCCUUGAACGUGUGAGAAUGUGGGGAGCGGCAAAUAAACUUCGAUUUGCGCCUCAUAAGACCAAUGCAAUGGUUAUGACGCGCAAAUUAAAGUACGACGACCCGCGUCUACGCAUGGGCGGGGUCGACGUUGCCUUGUCGAACGAAAUCAAACUGUUGGGUGUUGUCAUUGACCGAAAACUCACAUUCAACGCCCACGUCGCGAGUGUCUGCAAGCGCGCGGUAGCCUUCUACCAUCAGUUGGCACGAGCAGCUAAGGUCAGCUGGGGUCUCCACCCCGAAGUAAUCCGUACUAUCUAUGUAGCGGUGGUCGAACCUGUAGUUCUGUAUGCCGCCAGCGUAUGGGCGCCUGCUGUGGACAGGCUCGGAAUCCGGAAGCAGCUGAACGUGGUCCAGCGAGGCUUCGCACAGAAGCUCUGUAGGGCAUAUCGCACUGUCUCCCUGAACGCGGCCCUGUUGCUCGCUGGGAUACUCCCACUCGACCUUCGCGUCCGCGAAGCCGCGGCGCUGUAUGAGGCGAGGAAGGGGGUGCCCCAGCGAGAGAUAGGGGAUCGGGAGGUAGAGCGAAUGUCUUCGGCCCUUCGGUCACCGCAUCCCGCCAGUCAUCUCGACCUCGAGUUCAAGUGCCUGAUGGACCAGGAGCAACUUAUGGCCAAUAAUGACAAUGACUUCAAUAUCUAUACGGACGGUAGCAAGAUUGAGGGCAAGGUGGGGGCGGCGCUAUCCAUAUGGAGUGACGCCGCCGAAACCAAAGCCCUCAAGCUUGCGUUACCGUCUUACUGCACGGUCUACCAGGCGGAGCUUCUGGCGAUAUGCCGGGCGGCACGGAUGGCCGCAGCAAACUUGGCCGGAUCUGUCGGAAUUUACUCCGAUUCAUUGUCAGCAUUGCAGACGCUGCAAAAUCCAAAGGCUCUCCACCCCCUGGCGGUAGAAGCGCGAGGGUUCCUGCGAGACGCUUUGCUCCAGAACAAACGUAUAAGCUUGUUCUGGAUCAAAGCCCAUGCAGGACUGGAGGGGAAUGAGCGUGCCGACAAUCUGGCCAAGGAGGCUGCUCUGAAGUCUAAACGCAAAUUUGACUACGACAGCUGCCCCGUCUCAUUCAUCAAGCGAAGCAUUCGUAUGCGAUCGCUUGAUGAAUGGAACGACCGGUACCGAGCCGGUGAAACGGCCGGCGUCACCAAAAUAUUUCUCCCUGAUGCGGUGGCGGCCUACAGAGUUGUAAGUAAAAUGGAGGUGGACGGACUCGUCACCCAGGUGUUGACGGGGCACGGCGGAUUCUCCGAGUACUUGCAUCGCUUCAAGUGCAAGGAGAGUCCGUCCUGCAUCUGCGACCCCGGGGUGUCCGAGUCUGUUCCCCAUCUCCUGUUUGACUGUCCAGUUCAUGCGUAUAAACGAAUGAAGCUGGAACAAGAGAUCGAAAUUCAACUGUCGAUAGGUAAUAUUGCGGAUAUCAUACACGAUAAUAAAAAAAGGGAUGUUUUCUUUAAAUAUUGUAAAGAUAUAUGCAUAGAAGUAAAUAAGCGAAACAGUAACCUGAUUGGGAACAGAGCGGACUAA